AUGCAUGCUUUCUUGCAUCGAUGUAGGUUUGAAAACCAGCCUCAGACACUUACAGUUGUCAAUGUAUACUGCCCACGGGCAGACCCAGAGAAGCCAGAGCGGAAGCAGUUCAAACUGCAGUUCUACAAGCUGCUCCAGCAUCGGGCAGAGGCCAUUCUGAAGGCUGGAAGCCAUGUGAUCGUGUUGGGGGAUGUGAAUACUUCUCACCGGCCUGUCGAUCACUGUAACCCUGAUGACAUCAAUGAUUUUGAAGGUAAUCCGGGUAGAAAGUGGCUGAAUGGCUUCCUCCUUAAUGAUGGUGAGGAAAAUGAUGUUGAGGGUGAUGACAAUUCUUGCGACAAACAAACUGGAAAGUUUGUGGAUACGUUCCGUCAUUUCCACCCCAAGCGCACCAAUGCCUUUACAUGUUGGUCCACUCUCACUGGAGCACGGCAGACCAACUAUGGCACACGCAUUGACUACAUCUUUGCAGACUCCCUGUUGGUCAAGGGCCAGUUUGUGGCUGCAGACAUCAUGCCAGAGGUGGAGGGGUCAGAUCACUGCCCUGUGUGGGCACAUCUCAGCUGCUCCCUCCUGCCAAGCUCCAAGCUCCCUCCCCUCUGCACCCACCACCUGCCUGAGUUUGCUGGCAAGCAGCAGAAACUGUCCCGCUUUCUGGUCAAAGUAGAAAAGCAGGCUGCCAAGGAAGCUUCCAGAGAUCAAGCACCACUGCCCAGCUCUCAAGAGGCAGGAGAGACCCAGGAGAACCUGAUUCCUCAAGGGUCUGUGAACAGCCGUGGGUUGAAACGAACUCUGACAGAAGAGUCUGGACUUUCCAAGGGGAAAAAGAGUAAGACAGUGAAGGCUCCCUUAAAGGCUCCCUCAAAACCUCAGGGCAGCCUGCUUGCCUUUUUCAAGCCCAAAUCCACCCAGGUGGUCCCACCCAUGCAGGCCUCUGUGAGCCAGUGUAUCAAGAAUUCUGAGAAAACUGAGGUCAGAGAAGGACAAGUUACAGGGCCAGAUGGACCCUCGGUCAACACCAUGGAUCCUGAAGGUGCUCAAUCUGUCUGUUUGGGUAAAAGAGAUCCACCCCCCUGCAGCACCCCACAGGACACUGUUGAUGGUCAGAAGCAGGGGCCGGACAAGCCCCUGACCUCAGCCUCAACAGUAGAACCAUGUGUAAAGGGGGCUCCACUAGGCUUUUGGAAGACAGUUCUGCAUGGCCCCCCCCAACCUCCACCCUGCAAGACUCACAGGGAACCCUGCGUGCUCCGCACCGUCAAGAAGGCAGGACCAAACAUGGGCAGGCAGUUCUUCGUGUGUGCCCGACCUCAGGGACACACCUCUAACCAAGAGGCUCGCUGUAACUUCUUUGCAUGGGUGGACAAAGGAAAAUAG